ACAUAAUAUGAUCAGAAUAAUCGCCGCCGGAUGUGUAAGGUUAUAAAAUUUUAAACAGUGCUUGUAAUUUUGUACAGUUCUUCAUAUCGCCACCUCUUUGUAUUUUGUGUUGAUCAGGAGUGUUAUCACGUUAUAAGAAUUAAGUAUUGUUCCUUACUAGAACCAUGUUCAUAUUCAUACUUCUGUUUGUACUUGUGUUAGGUGGCUUAGGAUUGGUGAUACACUUUUCUUUAGAUAAGAAAGUAGUCUACAAAGAUUUGAAGGGUAAACAUGUAGUUAUAACCGGUGGUUCAAGUGGUAUAGGAAAAGCAGCGGCGGUGGAGGCGGCAAGACUUGGGGCUCAUGUCACUGUUAUUGGGCGUGACGUCGGGAAACUUACUGCCGCUGUGGCCGAAAUAACUGCAAACUGUAGAGAUCAACAGAACCAGAAAGUUCAACAUGUUGCCUUAGAUGUUACCUCUGAUUACAAAGCCAUAGAACAAAGUUUUAUAUCUAUAGAAGAGAAACUAGGCCCUAUAUUCAUGUUAAUCAAUUGUGCUGGAAUGUGUAUUUGUGGCCAAUUUGAAAAGACGGAUCCCGAUGUAAUUAAACAGAUGGUUGACCUUAAUUAUUUUGGUACUGCGUACCCAACACGCUGUGUGCUACAAGGGAUGAAGAAAAGGAAUGAGGGACUGAUUGUAUUUGUGAGUUCUGAAGCUGCAUUGAUUGGUAUUUACGGCUACAGUGCCUAUAGUGCUGGGAAGUGGGCUGUACGUGGUCUAGCAGAGUCUGUGAUGAUGGAGCUUGUGGGCACUAAUGUAAGGUUGACCUUGGCCUUCCCACCCGACACUGAUACUCCUGGCUUCAAGAAUGAGGAUCUAACUAAACCAGAGGAGACUAAACUGAUAUCAGGAACAGCGGGCUUACAUUCACCUGAUGAUGUUGGCAAGCAAAUGAUUCAUGAUGCUCUUACUGGCAAGACCUACUCCGUGUAUAGUGCCACUGGUACAUUAUUAACACUUUUGUUUGGUGGUUCUCUGGAGAGUGGUACGCAAGUAGUUUUACAAGUAUUAUCUCUGAGUGUUAUAAGAAUUAUUAUGGUUGGAGUCUUAUUGUCUUUUUAUAAUAUUGUGAGGGAUGGACUAAAGAAAAAGAAUGAGAUUAAAACCAAGUAAUGUUUAUUUUUUUAAGUAUUGGAAACAUUCGAAAUAUUGGGAUUUAGAUUUUAUAUUAGAUUUACUUACAUGAAGAUCAAAACUGAACAAUACAAUUGUUGUGGAUACUAGGUACAUACUUAUUGGUUAUAUUUUUUAGAAAUGUAAGUAAUAAAACAUUAAUUAUUAUUAUUUUUUAUUUAAAUGAGAUAAUUACACCAAAGUUUUAAGUGUUCUCUAUAAUGUAUGCAACAUAAGUUUAUGAAUAAUGUAUUUUUGUUAUUACAGCCUAUUUCUUUUUUUGUUUUGUACUUAUUAAUGGCAAAUAUUAUAUUUUAAUUUUUAAGUCUAUUUAAUGUAAUUAUAGGCAUAAAUUGUAUUUAAGUAAUAUAUUGUUUAUUUCUUGAACAUUCCUCACAUAAGUAUUUAUUUACUUUUUAUAACAUUACAAAGUAUUUUGUCAUUUUUACAGUCUUUAUUUUAUUAUAAGAAAUAAACAAAAACAUACUUGUAAAAUUAUUUUUAUAAUAAAUGCUUAGCCAUAA